GAAAAAUUAACACCACAGACCCACUUCGCGAUUUUCUCUAGCAGCGGCCAAAUCCUUCGCAAAUUCGUCCGUGUCUUUGUGAUUUCGCCAUCCAUUCAUCAAUCGGUGCUAGUUUUCCCCAAAUUCGUCCAAUUUAUUCGGUUAGUAUGCUUAUCUUUUACAUUAUUAGAGUAAUUGUUGGAUACUUAGCUAGGGUUUGUAAUGUGUUGCGAUUUGAGUUGAAAUAUUGUGCAUAUGGAUUAUUUGUAUGACGUUAGUGUUGAUUAUUAUGUUGGAUUGUUUGGGUUAAGUGAAUUUGUGUAUAAAUUUGAUUAUAAACCAAAAUCGUAGGGUUUGAUAGCUUAAAAAUUGGGCAAAUUGAUUUGGUUUAUGUGGGUUUUGGUUAAUGUCUUUUUUUAGUUUGAAAUGUUAAUUUUGUGUACAUUGUUAGGUUGAAAUUGAAAUUGUUAGGUUGGUUAAACUAAAAUUGGGUAAGUUGAAUUGGUGGAAAAUUGAUGUAUAUUGUUUAUUUGAACUGUUACUUUUGUGUAGGUGAAUUGUGUUAUGAUGUUGAAGUUGUGUAUUGUGAAUUGUUUGAUAUAGGUGUUCCAUUUUGUGAUAUUGUAUUAAAUUGUUUGUAAUUAUUGAAUUUGUUUAGGUUUGUUUGUUGUUUAAUUUGGAAUAUGAAUGUUGUGUAGGUGAUUUAUGGCAUCUUCUUCAACUUCUCGUCGUCGGCUCUUAUGUGGUCCUGAGGACCCCUCCGUAUUAUAUCUGCAGAGACAACACGUCUCUAAUAACAUAUGGGCAGGAGUGCCAUCGGAAGACGUACGGUGUAGAAGAUACGAAGGAAUCAUAUGGGAUGUUCCCAUAAAUCCUCGUGUUUUGGCGGUUAUAGAUGAGAUGGGGUUCGGCAGGAUGUUGAGGUGUGGUCAACCGAAAGACAUUGACCACCAUCUUAUCACCGCUUUGAUUGAACGUUGGAGGCCAGAGACUCACACGUUUCACUUUCCAGUCGGUGAAGCGACUGUGAGCUUAGAGGACGUGGAGGUCUUAUGAGGCCUCAAAACUGACGGUGAGCCUCUGACGGGUUACAUCCCCACUAAGGAUGUCAACUAUUGGAAGUAUGUUUGUUUGGAUUUUCUUGGCUUUAUUCCAGAUGCAGUUGAUCUAAAAGAAUUGAACUGGAAGCAGACAAGCUUAUCAAAUCAACUGCGGAUUGAGUUGAGUGAUGACCACGAGCAAUACAUGUACAAUCAACGUGCUCGUGUGUAUUGUCUGCUGUUACUGGGUGGUCUACUGAUCCCGAACGCUACCGGUAAUAAAAUUCCCUUCUUCUACCUUCAGUUUUUCAUGGAUAUAGAACAAUGUGCUAGCUAUAGCUGGGGAGGUGCGACUCUUGCCUGCUUGUACCACAAUCUAUGUGAAGCUGCACUUGGUAAGAGGACCGAUGUCGGGGGAGCUCUUACAUUGUUACAGCUGUGGGCUUGGGAAAGAAUCCCAAUUAUUAGACCGCAGAUGCUGAACCCCGCGCCCGUAGACUACUUACCAUGUGCAGUCGCAUGGACUGGUCGGGCCUCUUAUGUAAAAGCACCGGGGCAUUGCAUUGAAACUUUCAGAGAUCAGUUCUCAACAAUGCAUGCCAAUCAGUUUAUUUGGAGGCCGUAUGAAUCGCGAAAUCUGCCGGAUGUUUGUGUUGCCGGUCGUCCUAUAUGGACGUCGAUGACAACACUAAUCUGCUGGAAUAUGGUUGAGCCACACAUGCCACAGCGGGUGUUGCGACAAUUUGGGAUUGUCCAACCUUAUAUCCCGAUUGUCGACCGGUUCCACGGAUCUGAUUUUACGAAACAGGAUCGACGUGGCAAAGCAGGUCGGAACUGGGUUCAGUGGCACGCCAAUCAUAUACAAGAUUGGCAUAAUAGGCACGACACGGUGUAUGUUGAUUUGGAGUACUCAUUGGUGCCUGUUGCUACUGAUGAGUACAUGGAUUGGUUUCGCCGGAUAACCGUGGUGUACCUAACAAAACCUGGGGUGCAUUCUCAUGAGGGCUUCCAUGAAACGGCGGCCUCUCAUCACUACGCGGUGGAGACCCUUCACAAAAUACGCCACUUUCUUAGGGAGCAAGACAUGUCAGGACGGCCGGAUUUAUUCACCAUUUCGAGAAUGGUUGAAGAUGGCCUCCAGAUAUGUGGGGAAGCUGAGACGAUGGACCACCGUCCUUCACAGCGCUCUGAGCUGGACCUUGACAUGCCCGUGCGGCAAAAAGCGAAGCGGCGUGGAAAGAAGAAAGUUGGUGGAGAGUCGUCAUCAUCAAGGAUGGAUACUCAGUUGGUUGAUGAUUCUGAUGACGAUUUUGUGGCUCCACCUCCACCAAGAUCUGUCGUGCGGGGUCGUCACUCAGUCAGCCACACGGGUGGUAUAGGAGAAGAUUUCGGUCUCAGCGAUCAACAAUCUCCACCUCGGUCUUCUGCGAGAGACGACAUUGAUUUAGAGAAUGCCGUCGUUGAAGAUACUCCUCCGUCUAGAAUCCCUAAGACCAGCAUCGGGAAGGGAAUCCGUAGUCUGUUUAUGCGUAAAAGGCGAGACGAGUGAACGUUGCCCGAACUUUUUAUUUUGGUGUUUUUACAUUGAUUUGAACGCUUUAUAUAAGUAAUUUGAUAUAUUGUAUUGAUAUUGGUGUUUUUUCAUUCAUUUGGCGUAUGUAUAUUAGUAAUUUGAUAAAUCCGCUUUUU